GGAAACUUCAUCUGGGGAAAGUUUACUGAUUUUGUAUUUUGUUUUUUGUUGCAAUUUAAAAGUGAUUUCAUCACAUUAAAUAUUAAUUAUGUAAUUAAAAUCAUUGAAAAACUUGGCCUACAUUAAUUUGCAAAAAUGAGGUGUGUCAUUUGUACGAAGAGGUCAAAUUCGAUGCAGGAAGCCUCACUGGACGAAGAGUUGAACGUUAUCUACUUUCUUACCAGAUUGAUAUCAUUGUCGAAUCAUUUUCUUGACUUUGAAGAAUGGCUGGUCAAACAUGGCAACCCCUCCAGCUGGAUGACAUUUUGUCCCACUUGUCACACACUGGUCGAACAGGGGAGAAAACUGGGUCGACUUGUGGAAAAAAUGGAGAUGGAGUUACACCAGAUAAAAAAUCAAUUGGUCGACAAAAUGACGAUGAGUUGUUCAGAAGAAGGAACUUUUAGUGGAGAAAACAGUCGCGGAGAAAACGUCGCCGUGACGAGGCUCAUACGAGAAGUUUUUGUCCUUGACCGGAGGAACAACUUCCAGGAGGUUAAAGAAGAAGUCGAAUUUGAUGAAAGUGAAACUUGGGUGGACGUUAUUUAUCCGGAUGAAAGCGAAAACGUGGAGGUGGACCUGGGCACGGAUAAGAACAAGAAGAACGGAACACGUUGGAAAAAGACCCCCGAAUCGGACAGAACUUGUCCAGCGUGUUCGCAAGUUUUUGAAAAACCGUCUAGAAUGAAGAUCCACUACCAAUCCCGCCAUGCUCGAGAGAUCGUAAUUACCUGUCCUGACUGCGGGAAAGGAUUUAUUCGUAAGGACUCAUUGAAGGGGCAUAGGCUAGCGUCAUGUCCUGGCAAGUUAAUUCCUGAUAAGGAAGAUAUUGCCGAAACGGAAAUUGAUACUCAUCCAAUAACGGUCAGGACAAGACAACAAUGCGACACCGUUUCAGAACCCAUCGAGACGGAGGAAAUAGAAUGCUCAGUGGAGAUUGGGGACGACAUGGGCGACUCGGAUUUUGACCACCAUGUUUCCCCACUGGAAGAAAGUAGUGAUGAAGAAUAUUUGCCCAACAAAGCUGUACCCCGAAAAUCUACCAAGAGGGGUAAAACACCUACAAAUGACGAAAGCUUGUCUGCCGAAUGGAGAACGUCCUCCGUCGAAGGGAAAACUUGUCCUGAAUGUGGCCAAGUUUUUGAUAAACCGUCCAGAAUGAAAAUGCAUUACCAGUCACGACACGCUCGCGAAAUUGUAAUUACUUGUUCCGACUGUGGGGCCGGAUUUAGGCGUAAGGAUUCAUUGAAGGGACAUAAGUUGACUGCGUGUCGUGGAAGGGCUAAGAUAAAUGUUGAAGACAGUGUAAACGUCGACAUAAAAGCUGAUCGCAUUUCCACCCAGGAACCAUUUGACGAAGAAUCCAACAAAUCCGCUUCCGAUAAACCAGUCGACACUAGCUUAUCUCAUAGCAGUAAAAAGACUCCAUUGGAACUUAGAACGUGUCCCGUGUGUGGCCAAGUGUUUGAGAAACCGUCCAAAAUGAAGAUCCACUACCAAUCCAGACAUGCUCGAGACAUCGUAAUUACCUGCCCCGACUGCGGAAAAGGAUUUAUUCGUAAGGAUUCCUUGCAGGGACAUCAGUUGACGAGUUGUCCGGCAAAUCGUGGUAAUCAAGUUAAUAACGCUAUGCCAAGUAAACGAAGUAAAACUCCUCUCGAAGAUCGAACUUGUCCCGUGUGUAAUAAACUGUUCGAUAAACCCUCUCUCCUCUUACGGCAUGUAUUGUCCGCACACGGCAGAACAUAUGCCAUUGCAUGUGAUGCCUGUGGGAAAAAAUUUGUUCAUAAAGGUUCUCUGAAAAAACACAAACGUUCCUGUCCAAAAAGAGUACCCGAGGACCACGAUGAGAGUUCCGAAGAUUUCAAACCUUCCUCAUCCUCGUCCCCCAGUUCGAACACGUUACCCCCCGAGGAAGAAACCCCCUUCAUAUGCGAAUACUGUGGGAAAUCUUUUCGAAAAAAGACAUACCUCCGCGACCACAGUUACAUGCAUAUGACCCUCGAGGAAAGACUAGAAUUCAUCAAAAACUUACGGAGCAAUGUUCCCCUUCAUGAAAAAACGUGUCCCUCUUGCAAACAAGUGUUUGUCUCCCGUUCGAAAAUGAUGGCCCACUUUCGUACGGCACAUGAAAAAAUUCCACAACACUUUUGCGGCAUUUGUGGGAAAGGGUUUGUUCGAAAGGAUUCUUAUGUGGUCCACUUAACUACACAUUUAGAUGAGGAACAGAGGUUGAAAUGGGUGCAAGGUGAAACAAUUACACUAGUCGACGAGAAACAAGAGGUCAUUACAGUGCCUAGAAAAAGGCGUAAAAAGAUAGAAUCCAUAACGGCGCGGACGUGUGGAACGUGCCAAAAAGUGUUUUCUAGCAGACCACGAAUGUUGAGACACGUGAAUACCGUGCAUGACAGAAAUGACACCGUCAUGUGCGACGUUUGUGGCAUGAGGCUCAGCUGCCGGAAAAGUUUGCAGAACCAUACCAAAAUUCAUGAAAUGGAGCCGGGCGCAAAAGACCACCAAUGUGACCAAUGUGGUCUCUCAUUUCGACAUUAUGCUUCCCUCCGACGCCACAACCAGAUGAGGCACAACCCUGCCACGAAUAUGGCCAAGUUUGCAUGUCACAUGUGUGAGAAAGCUUAUCCGUUCAAAAGUCUUCUCAACCAGCAUCAAAAGGCGAGACGCCAUUUCGUGCAGACAGAGAUGGACAGUGAUUCCGAGUAUUCAGAUUGAUCAAACAUAUUUAUUCGUUGUUUAUUUAAGAUCAUGUACAUAGUUUAUUUAUGGAAUCCUAAUUUUGAGGGGACGUAAUUCACGUAAUGUAGGGCUUGUAACAAUGUAAAAUCACAAUGAAAUAAAAUAAACAUUCUAACAUUGUAAAAACCUAAA